ACACCUGAUUUGUGCACGUCGGGGCUGCAAAUGGCCGGUGCGAGUGUAAUUUCAGUUUUCGCUUGACAUUUGCAGAGCGCCACACAUUGUCGCAGGUCUCGGCCAUGCCAUGGGAUGGGACUCUUGUUAUCAGGGCAGCGCGGCGGGCCGUCGUCUGGCGGAGCAUUCUGAAGAGGAGUCCGGUUUUUUCUCGGGGCCUAUACUUCCGUCAUUUUAUACCCCACUGGAUGAGCACGGUGGACCCGUUUUCUGCGUGUGCGGCGGUGUGGUGCGGGCUGUGGUAACAGCACUCGUGAUUCUGCCGGAUAAAUCAAUCUGUGCUCUGCAGGAGCUCGGGACACUUGUUUUGUACGGACAGCAGCCUGGAUCUCGCCCUGAAACAAGCAGACGUCAGAGACCUCGCCUGCUCGCUGCCGCUUAAUUUGACCAAAUCACAGCAUUGUUUGCGGGGUUACACCGCUGCCACAUGCACUAUGUAGCGAAGUGAAUGACAUGCUGUUGGUCGCUGUUAGACGUUUAUCGGCUUUUUAGUUUUAAACACCGUGCCUUGGCGGAAAGGAGAGGAUUUCGUUUUAUUUAAGGUCCAGUGACGAUGAAUGAGCAGGAGAGUGGGGUGGUUUCCUUUGAUGAAUAUGUGCGGCAGAAGGCCCGCACUGUGCCACAGCACAGGAUGAAGGAGUUCCUUGAGUGUCUUGCCAAGGGCCCAGAGGUGCUGCAGGAGUUCAGCCAGCAGGAAGGGGCAGCCACCACUGCAGCCAUGGUGUACCAGCAGCAGGGUACAAAUUGUGUCUACACAGACAGCACAGAGGUGGCUGGAUCUCUCUUAGAGCUGGCUUGCCCGGUACAGGUGACCUCAGCGGAGAUUUCACCUCAAUUGUCUGUGCACCAAGGGUCUGAACAGCAGCUUCAAGUGCAGGUUCAGAUCCAGGAACAGCAGGGCCAGACAGUUGGCCAGGUUUUGCAGGUGGCCUCCCCCUCUCAGCAGGACCUUCAGGGAAUCUCCACAGCCCAACUUGUCCAGCAGGGAGAGCUCACAGAGGAGCAGCAACAGCAGAUUCAGGCACAGUUGGUUGCAGCUGUAGCUGGAGGACAACAAAUCCACUUACAAGGAACGCAGCAUAUUCAGCUGCCAGGCGGCCAGCAAAUUCAACUUCAGGCUGGCCAACAGAUUCAAUUACAGGGUGGCCAGCAAAUUCAGCUACAAGGUGGACAACAAAUUCAGCUGCAAGGUGGCCAGCAGAUCCAGAUCCAAACCAUAGAGGCCAUGUCUCCUUCCCAGCUACAGGACUCUUCCAGGGAGGCAGAGAGGAGGUCCGGCACUGUCUCAGCUGUUCUCCAACCUGCCAAGAAGCGUAAGGUGGAUGUCCCUCUAGCUGUUUCCUAUGCUGUUCCACAGGGUCAGCAGGUGGCUACAGUUCUGGCCAUCCCUCAAGGGCAGCAGCAAAGCUACGUGUCCUUACGACCAGAUUUGCUCACUGUUGACAGCGCUCAACUGUACAGCACCACCGGAACAAUCACAGGUCCCACAGGUGAGACCUGGACGAUCCCUGUGUACUCCACUCCACAACAGCAGGGUGUAACUCAUAUUGCCAUACCACAGGAGACAUACAGCACAGUGCAAGUUACCACCACCAACGGUAAGGACAAAAUGUCCCCCAGUUCAUCAUCAAGGUCUGCAGAUGUGCAGUUGGCCUCCACGGGGACACAGGAAGAAAUAGUACAGACCCUGUUCCCAGCACAGUUCAUGAACGGGAACAUUCACAUCCCUGUGGCAGUGCAGACUGUAGGAGGGACUUACAACACCACACAGUCGGUACACAUAUGGGACCCAAAUCAACAGCAGAGCCAAGGAGAGGAGGGACAAGAACACCAGCUCCAUCUGCAGGGUCAAGUACAGACGGAUGUUCAUGCUGAACAGCCUACCGAAAUUCUGGUCCCUGUCUGUCUAAAGCCAGAGGAGGGCCUGGAGGUCUGGCGCCUUUGGGUGAAGCGAAAAAACGCAGAGCUAAGCAAGCAGGAAAAGACAAAGCUGGCACCCAUAGGACGUCGUCAGCCCCUGCGUUUUCAAGAAGACUUGGUGUCCAGUGCAGUAGCUGAGCUAAACUUGGGUCUUUCCCUGAUGACACAGGAAGCACGCGGAUCAGAAGAAGAACAAUUUGCACCCGAUGUUCUGUAUUAUGUCUUCUUGUGUAUACAAAAGUAUCUCUCUGAAAAUGGACGAGUGGAUGAUAUUUUCUCUGAUCCAUACUACACACGUUUUUGUGGGUCUUUACACAACAUCCUGGAGGGUUGGAAACCCAGUGUCCAUCCGUUAGGUUACAUCAUUCCAAGUCAUGUGACAGAGGAGAUGCUGUGGGAGUGUAAACAACUUGGUGCACAUUCACCAGCCACACUGCUUACAACUCUAAUGUACUUCAAUACUAAGUAUUUCCGCCUGAUAACACCUGAACAGCACAUGAAAGUAGCUUUCUCUAAGGUCCUAAGGCACACAAGGAAGAACCCCACUAAUGCCAAGGACAAAGCAACCAGUAUCCGGCUUCUCAAAGGACAAGGUCCACACAGUGCCGGACAAAAAGGAACUGAUGACAUGUAUGAAGAACAGGUCGAGGAUCCAGAGAACCCUCUUCGUUGUCCCAUUAAACUUUACGACUUUUACCUCUUCAAAUGUCCUCAAAGCGUCAAAGGACGCAACGAUGCAUACUACAUGACUCCAGAGCCUGUAGUUGCACCCAACAGCCCGAUGUGGUACUCAUCGCAACCCCUCACGAGUCAGCAAGUGGAGCACAUGCUGGCUCGGAUCAUUGUGGUCCGAGAGAUCCAGGAGAUUAUUGGCACUGGUCCAGAGAACAUGAGCUAAACUGCGCGGACUGACUGGACUGAUGGGAACUAGUUCUCCCAUCACAGAUUGUUGACUAUGCAGUACCUAUCCUGACUCUAUAAACACGACUGGCCAUCUCAAAUAAAAUGGAUCAACUUCUGAAA